AUGUCGAUCGCGCAGCUCUCGAGGCUGUUGCCUCUGCCAGAGGACGAGCUGAAGCAGAUGCUCGACUACGCAUCGACGCUAUCGAAAGCCGAAGCCGCAGCGCACUUCAACGACCUGCUAGGCGACUCACCACACGCUGUCGAGUUCAUCUCGUCGUUCAAUUCGCGAAGACAAGACACGAAAAAGAGCUCUCCACCAGCAUCUGCAUCGAACAACAACGGACCCCCCGAGCCUGCGCCGAAAGCAUCUCGCGGAAAGAAGAAGAAGCAACCGAACCUACACACACCAGUCGCGAGAAAGGUCGAGGCGUUCCCACCGCUCGCCGGGACAAGCUACUCCAAGAAGGAACAAGAUGAUUACUACGUCGGCAACAAGAAACCCAACCAGCCUGCAGAGAGCAGUAGUGCAUCAGCAAGCUUUAAGCAGCAGCCGGUCAAGAGCGCGACGCCUCCGCCGCAACAGCAGAGGACGGCGGGAGGCUACCUGAUAUCCGACACCAAGGCAAAGCCAAAGUCGAACCCCGUGUCACGAUCAUCCACGCCAAAGCCUUCGACGAAGCCGACGACAACGAAGAUCUCGAUCGCUGGCGGAACACCAAUGGCAGGAGCGUCGACCGCCUUGACGGACCUGGAUGCGGCGAUUCGAUCAUUAGAGUUGACGACAAAUCCAUCACUCGGGGAGGACCCCAAGGCUCGAAGAUGUAAUUGCGUUGCAACCAGGCACCCGCUUCAGUCGGCUGCGCCCAAUUGUCUAUCGUGCGGCAAGGUCAUCUGCGUCAAGGAGGGUCUCGGUCCAUGUACUUUCUGCGGCAGCCCUCUGUUGUCCUCGGAAGACGUUCAGGGUAUGAUCAGAGAGCUCAAGGCGGAGAGAGGCCGGGAGAAGAUGGCGGCAGAUCGUGAGGCGCACAAACGGCCAGAGGUCAGCAAGAAGCCGGCGCCGUUCAGCCAGAACAAGAUGUCGGAGGCAGAGGCCAAGGCGCGAGAGCACCGCGAUAAGCUGCUGAACUUCCAAGCUCAAAACGCACGAAGAACGACGGUCAGGGAUGAGGCGGCAGACUUUGACGUCAGCGGGGCGAUGGCGGGGUCGGGAGGCAACAUGUGGUCGACGCCGGAGGGCAGGGCACGGGAACUCAAGAGGCAGCAGAAGAUUCUGCGGGAGAUUGAGUGGAACGCAAAACCCGACUACGAGAAACGGCGGCAGGUGGUCAGUAUUGACGUUGUGGGCGGGAAGGUGGUGAGGAAGAUGGCGGCCGUGGAGAGGCCGACAACGCCGGACGAAGAGGGCGUUAUUGUUCACGAGGAUGUGGAUGAGAAUGGUGUCGUCGGGCAGCAGGGCGCGGGCGCGGGCGGUGGUGCAUUCAGCCACAACCCGUUGUUGGGAGGCAUGAUCAAACCCGUCUGGGACGCCAAGGGCAAGGGAAGCCAGCUCGAAGGGCGAAAGGACCGGAAGACGCAGUGGAGGAGAGUGCAGGACGACUUCCACGAUAACGAGGCGGUAAUUCUAGACGGAGGAGCUCAUGGACAUGCGGUGACGGCUGACGAGCCAGCAUGCGGGUGA